AUGAGCCGUCGAAUGUUCGAUCCUUCCAUUGAGCCGAGGCGAGGUGAGAAGCCGUUCAAAUGCGAGUACGCGGGUUGCGAUCGGCGCUUCGCGAACUCGUCGGACAGGAAGAAGCACUCGCACGUUCACACGUCGGACAAGCCGUACAACUGUCGGGUGCAUGGCUGCGACAAGUCGUACACGCACCCCUCCUCGCUGCGGAAGCACAUGAAGGUGCACGGCGCAGCGGGCGACAGCUCGCCGCGCUACGACAGCGAUGGCGACGAUUCCUCUUCGGCGGGCAGCGUCAGCGUCACCGCCGGCGCCGCCAGCCCACCGGCGCCCGUGCCACCGCCCCCCGCGCCCGCCCACCACCCGCACCACCCCACCAUCACCGACAAGCUGGAGAGCCUCAACGAGAAGUACCUGAACCCUCACGACCAGAAGUCGUACGAGCGCCCGCCCCCGCCGCCCCACCACAGCCAGCCGCACCUAACGAACAUCGGCGGCAACGGCGCGAUGGACAACAAGCUCGGUUUCGGCGGCCACUGGGCACAGUUCCAGCAGCCCACGCCGGCGGUGCCCCACGCCGUACCCGAGUGGUGGUGCCCCACGCAGGAGACGUACCACCACCACCAUCUGAUGCACCACUCGGGCGCCGCAGCCGCGUAC